UUUAGCCAAUCGCAAUCGGCCACCGCGUGUUUGGAAACAACACACCCUGCUAGUUAUAUUUCCUCAAUCAUCCGCUGCUCGAAACUUCAACUUCUCUCUGCUGUCUUUAUUACCUAUUUAGUAAGAGUUAGUAGCGUAGCGGUGUUUUUGACAGGUAUGAUAGGUUAAUCAUACAACGGAACGCUCUAAUUUUGUAUUCUUUGUUGUAACGUUAGCUACUUGUUUUUAGCCAGUUAGCUAACUCAAAAAAGCACUGCUUAGCGUUGUUGAUAUAGAGAGACGACAUGAGCGAUAACGAAAGAAGUUCUUCGCCUGACCCAGACACCAUGAAGUUGGUUGUUAAAACUCCUAGGCAAGAGUGUGGAGACCAAAUAAUCGAAGGAGUGGAUUUAAACUGGAAGGUGUUGGAUUUGAAGAGGCAUUUGUCACAGGUUUACCCCUCCUGUCCAGCGGAGAAAGACCAGCGACUUAUUUACUCUGGCAAGCUGCUUCCAGACAACCUGCCCGUCAGAGACGCUUUCAGACAGGGAGACCUCAUACCCAUCCUCCACCUGGUGUGUGCUUUCAAACCCCAGGUCAACGUUGAGCAAGGAGCCAGGCCCAAGGUCAGAACAGAGGAAUCAACCCCACCCUCAUCUGCAGCAGGCGAAGCCUCGACCCCUCCUCUGUCUGCACACGCUCCGCAGAUGCCCUCGCCUGGCGCCCUGAGACACCGCGGGCACCCCGCGCCAUCCUGGACGCCACCCACAGCCACGGCUGGUGCGGCAGCGAUGGCGCACCCCGCUUUCCCCACCUACUCACUCUACAGCCCCCAACAGCUGCUCUGGCUGCAGCACAUGUAUGCCCGACAGUACUACAUGCACUACCAAGCUGCCCUGGCCGCUGCCUCCACUACGCCCCUGGCCCCCACCGUGGCCACCUCUCUGCCCGUCGCACCCCACCAAGCCGCAGUCGCCGCUGGGCUGCCCAAUCAAGCACCCAUCGACAACUUACCAGCCAAUCAGAACGCCGCAGAUCCCGCAUUCAUCAACCCGGAGGGAGCCAAUCAGAACCUGCGCAUGAACGCGCAGGGUGGACCCGUGAUGGAGGACGAGGAAGAGAUGGAACGUGAUUGGCUGGACUGGGUGUACACGGCCGCCCGUCUCGGCGUGUUCCUCAGCAUUGUCUACUUCUACUCCAGCCUCAGUCGCUUCAUUCUCGUCAUGAGCAGCCUGCUCCUCAUGUACCUACACACUGCUGGCUGGUUCCCCUUUCGCCGGAGGCCCGUGGUCAGGGCUCCGAAUGAGCCCGCUCCAGAGGUCAUCCAAAACCAGCAAAACCUGAACAACCAGAAUCAGCGCGAUGAGCCGGCGGAAGCCCCACCUGCAGGAGAGGGUCCGGAGGUGGCAGCAGCAGCAGCAGUAGGCCCAGAGGGGGAAGCUCCUCACCCCCUCACCCCUGUCCUGGUGCCCCCACACCGUGUGUCUGUCGUCUGGACUGCCUGGCUCUUCUUCAAGGCUUUCUUUGCCUCACUCAUCCCAGAAGUGCCCCAAGGGGUGGCAAACUGAGGGCAAUAGGCCCUUUCCCCUCACCCCCUCCUGUCGGACAUACGGACCGGACAACUCAAGAUGGGCCACAGAAGAAAGCGCUAUCGGGGUGUCGGUGGUGCUUGAUAUGUCGCAUGAUGCUUGUGUCAGGUUCUCACCACAUUCCUGAAUAUGAGGGCGUUUUUUGGGGGGGAUUGAGACAAGACCUCAUAUUCUCUCUGUGCUCAUUGAUGAUGAUGAUGUAUUUUCCUGAUGGUGCACUUUGAAGACUUUUCGUUUCGGUUUCGUGACCACAAACCUGAGGUUCAAAGAUAUUCCAAGUUCUUCCUACUCAUUUUGCCAAACUGUACAUAAACUGUAAACAUGUAAAUACGUCUGUAUAGAGUAGCCACAGCACUUUAGAACCUCUCCAAAGUUUGGAUGUGUGGAGCUAAGCUGGUAUUGAAUUUAGAAGUCGUCUUAUGCAAGCCUCUUGUCAACGGAGUUUCAUUUUGUGGGAGGCCUCUAAGCUGUAGCUAUCCAAGGUUGUACUGAAGUGCAGAUCAGAUCUCGCCUGCUUCAGAUUCCUCACAACUUGUAAGGACAUUGACAGAAUGACUACUAUCAAUUCAAUCUCCCCCUUCAGUUUUCUGUCUAUCUCUAGGAAUGUCCAAAGCGAGUGUAUUGAUUGGGUUCUCGGAAAGCCGAAGGAUGCAGCUCAGUAUUUGCAUCCUGCUUGAAAUGUUCAGCUUACUUACAUUUUAACAUAUGUUUGUUUUUUAGUUGUUGUAAAAUGGAAACAUCAAACCAUGUUAAACCAUGUUAAAAGGGCAUACAAACAAUACAAUACAAAACACCUGUACUAGGAGGGUUUAAUACCUGUACUAGGAGGGACUUGGACUGUAGCAGUCUGUUGUUCUCUUGUUAGGGCACAAUGGCACUUUGUUUUCUUUUCUAAGUAAACAUGGGAGAAUGCAGAAGACACAAGCUUGACUGAAACUAUGUUUGACAUGAUCUCUACUCCAGACAUUCAGUGGAGGUCUUUAUCAGCCACUGUAUUUAUAAUGGAAACCUUUUUAUGUUAAUGAAAAAUAACUGUUUUGCUGUGAAUGUAAUGGAAGUGUAUCUAUUUCUGUACAGGAUUAAAGUAAUUAACAAACA